CUUCUUCUUCUUCUCCCAUUCCCAUUCUCUCUCUUUCCAUUCUCAUUAGGUCUCGUUCUGUUCUGUUUGCGUUUAUCAGAAUUUUUAGCUGAUAAACUAAACCAAAACAUCCGCAUUUUGUUAAUACAUAGACAAACACGCUUUGCUUUCACAGACCAGAUCGUAUAGGAAAUAUCACCUUAAACCCUUUUGUGUAAUGGAGAAAUCAAUGGGACUCUGUUUUUCAAUUGCGCCUCUGUUUUUAUUACUAAUUGGGAUUCUUCCUUUGGCAUUGGGUGGCCAUGACUAUGGAGAAGCUCUUACUAAGAGCAUUCUCUUCUUUGAAGCUCAGAGAUCUGGUUACUUGCCCAGUAAUCAAAGAAUCCAAUGGCGUGGUAAUUCUGGUCUCAGGGAUGGAAAAAUCAAUGGGGUGGAUCUCGUAGGUGGAUACCAUGAUGCAGGGGACAAUGUCAAAUUUGGGCUACCAAUGGCAUUCACUAUUACAAUGAUGUCUUGGAGCUUAAUAGAGUAUGGAAGACAAAUGGCUGCUGGUGGAGAACUUAACAAUGCUUUGGAUGCUAUUAAAUGGGGCACUGACUAUCUAAUCAAAGCCCACGCGGAGCCUAAUGUUCUUUAUGGAGAGGUUGGAGAUGGAAACACAGAUCACUACUGCUGGCAAAGACCCGAGGACAUGACUACCUCUCGGGCCGCAUAUAAAAUUGACCCGAGCAACCCGGGAUCCGACCUUGCCGGUGAAACCGCUGCAGCCAUGGCAGCUGCAUCCAUCGUCUUCCGCCGCUACAACCCGUCGUAUGCUAAAGAGCUACUCGAACAUGCCUACCAGCUUUUUGAUUUUGCGGACAAAUACAGGGGCAAAUAUGACAGUAGCAUUACAUUAGCACAGAAGUACUACCGAUCUGUCAGUGGAUAUGCUGAUGAAUUGCUGUGGGCAGCUGCAUGGUUGUACAAGGCAUCAAACAAUGAUUACUACUUGAACUACCUCGGGAACAAUGGUGAUGCACUGGGAGGAACUGGUUGGGCCAUGACUGAGUUUGGUUGGGACGUGAAGUAUGCUGGUGUUCAGACAUUAGUUGCCAAGUUCCUAAUGCAAGGAAAAGGUGGACAUUACACCCCCGUGUUUGAAGAGUACCAGCAAAAAGCCGAGUACUUCAUGUGCUCAUGCCUUGGAAAGGGCUCCGCCAAUGUUCAAAAGACUCCGGGAGGACUCAUUUUCCGUCAGAGGUGGAACAACAUGCAGUUUGUAACAAGUGCUUCGUUCCUUCUCACUGUCUACUCUGAUUAUCUAUCCUCUGCCGGCAAGUCCCUCAAGUGCGUUUCUGGCUAUGUUCCACCCUCUGAACUUCUUGCGUUUGCUAAAUCUCAGGUUGAUUACAUUCUUGGAGACAAUCCAAGAGCCACAAGUUACAUGGUGGGAUAUGGAAACAACUACCCACGCCAAGUUCACCAUAGAGGUUCCUCAAUUGUCUCCUUUAAGGUAGACCCUUCAUUUGUUAGUUGCCGAGGAGGUUAUGCCACUUGGUUCAGCAGGAAAGGAAGCGAUCCGAAUUUACUUACUGGUGCACUUGUUGGAGGACCUGAUGCUUAUGACAACUUUGCUGAUCAAAGAGACAACUACGAGCAAACUGAGCCUGCUACCUACAACAAUGCCCCCCUUAUGGGCUUAUUAGCAAGGCUACAUGGUGGUCACGACGGAUACAACCAGCUCCUUCCAGUGGAACUUCCUGCACUUAAACCGGUUAAUACUCAGCCGAAAGCAGCCCCAAAACCUAAAGUAACUCCAACACCAGCUUCAUCUGCCAGUCCUAUUGAUAUUGCACAAAAGGAGACAACUUCAUGGGUUUCGAAAGGAAAAACUUACUACAGAUACUCCACAAUAGUAACCAACAAGUCUCCCAAGACCCUGAAAAAUUUGAAGCUUUCGAUUUCCAAGCUCUAUGGUCCUAUAUGGGGUCUCACGAAGUCCAGUGAUUCUUAUUCGUUUCCAGCAUGGAUUGACUCGUUGCCUGCAGGAAAAAGCAUCGAGUUCGUUUAUAUUCACUCUGCUUCUCCAGCAGAGGUCUCGGUCUCAAGCUACACUCUCGUCUAAGAUAAGGAAAACAAGCUAUUCUACAUGAAGAAGAUCACACAGCUUAUAUGAAUUCGUAGUGCAACAAUUGUGCAGUUAUACAAGAUUUAAUCUUGAGUCGUGUUUUUAUUUACUUGCUGUAAGAUUCAAUUGCCAGUUAAUUUGUGAUACAGUAGGUCGAAGAUUGGAAGAAGAAAGGAGUGAAGAGACAAUAUAAAAGGGGUGCUCAUCCUCUUUCUUCUCCACUUCAUUAGAAACAGAUAGAUCGAGAGACAUAAACUGAGAAUGAGAAGUAAGAAGAUAAACUUCUCUGCAGAAUUUAGAAGUCCUUUUUUUCCUUGCAUUCACUCCUUUUGUGUUGUGAUGUUGUAAGCUUUACGACAUUUCUCUUUUUCAAUAUGGAUACAAGUAAUGCAAAAUUAUGCGUAAUUUAGCGGCUUUUGUAUUGUUCUAUCUUGAAUAUUAAUGUUCUCUUAGUGUUUCCGUCAA